GUCUAAAAACUUUCCUUCAAUUUAGUCCUUGAUCAUCACCACAGCCAAAGAAAAACAAAGAAGAAAAAGAAAGACCUGAACUGCCUCUUUUUCUCAUCUUCUGCAUUAUAACAGAAGAGUUUUCUCUUUAUCAAUGGCUUGUUUGGAGAUGUACAAGGAGGAUAAGUUGAAACCGGAUCAAGAUGAAUGCACUCUUGAUGGAACAGUUGAUUGGCAUGGUCAACCUGCUAUGAGAAAGAAAUCUGGAAAGUGGGUUGCUGGAAUUAUCAUACUUUUGAACCAAGGUCUGGCAACCCUUGCAUUCUUCGGUGUUGGGGUUAACUUGGUGCUGUUCCUGACAAGAGUUUUACAACAGAACAAUGCUGAUGCUGCUAACAACGUUAGCAAAUGGACUGGAACUGUCUACAUAUUUUCUCUUGUCGGUGCUUUCCUUAGUGAUUCCUACUGGGGAAGAUACAAAACCUGUGCCAUUUUUCAGGUCAUUUUUGUCAUAGGUCUGGUGUUCUUAUCACUCUCAUCGUACCUUUUCCUGAUCAGACCUAAAGGAUGUGGAGAUGAGCUGACUCCAUGUGGGUCUCAUUCAAGCAUGGAAGUUGGGUUCUUUUACCUCUCCAUCUAUCUCGUUGCUCUAGGAAAUGGAGGUUAUCAACCUAAUAUUGCUACAUUUGGUGCUGAUCAAUUUGAUGAAGAGGAUCCUAAGGAAGGACAUUCAAAAGUAGCAUUUUUUAGCUACUUCUACCUAGCUCUGAACCUAGGCUCCCUCUUCUCCAAUACUAUAUUAGGCUACUUUGAGGAUGAAGGGAUGUGGGCAUUGGGCUUCUGGGCAUCUGCAGGCUCUGCGCUGGCGGCACUGGCCUUGUUUCUUGGAGGAACUGCUCGGUACAGGCACUUCAAACCUACUGGUAACCCUCUCUCCAGGUUCUGCCAAGUGAUAAUUGCAGCAACAAAGAAAUGGAGUGUCAACAUGCCGUCGGAUGCAGAGGACUUGUAUGAUGUGAAUGGUGAAGAUUGCUCUGCAAAUGGCAACAGAAGGAUACUCUACACUCAUGGAUUCAAGUUCUUGGAUAGAGCAGCUUUCAUCUCAUCAAGAGAUAUGGAUGAGCAGAAGCAGGGUUCUCAGAACCCUUGGCGUCUGUGCCCAAUCACACAAGUUGAAGAAGUGAAAUGCAUACUGAGACUACUGCCAAUAUGGCUCUGUACCAUAUUAUACUCUGUUGUCUUUACACAAAUGGCCUCUUUGUUUGUAGAACAAGGUGCUGCAAUGAAAACUACAGUUUCAAACUUCAGAAUUCCUCCUGCAAGCAUGUCUAGCUUCGACAUUCUUAGUGUUGCACUUUUCAUUUUCCUUUAUAGACGAGUUCUUGAUCCUCUUAUAAGCAGGAUUAGAAACUCGAAAUCAAAAGGAUUAACUGAGCUUCAAAGAAUGGGAAUUGGCCUUGUGAUAGCAAUAAUGGCAAUGGUUUCAGCUGGUAUCGUGGAAUGCUAUAGACUCAAGUAUGCAAAUAAAGAUUGCACACGUUGUGAAGGCUCAAGCUCCUUGAGCAUCUUCUGGCAAGUUCCUCAGUAUGCGCUUAUUGGAGCAUCUGAAGUUUUCAUGUACGUUGGUCAACUAGAGUUCUUCAAUGCACAAACACCAGAUGGCUUAAAGAGCUUUGGAAGUGCACUUUGUAUGACAUCUAUCUCACUUGGAAACUACGUCAGUAGCUUGCUAGUAACGAUGGUUAUGAAGAUCUCGACUGAGGAUCACAUGCCUGGAUGGAUCCCAGGAAAUCUAAACAAGGGUCACCUAGAUAGGUUUUAUUUCCUCUUAGCUGGUUUGACAACUAUAGAUUUGGUCGUCUAUAUGGCAUGUGCUAGGUGGUACAAGUGUAUCAAGCUGGAAGGAAAAUUCGACAGGAACAACAAUGUGGAAGAUAACUCUGAAGUCUGAAACCAGAUAUCCACGCCUACACUACCAGAAACAUAUAAAUAAGAGGGAGGCAUUGGGUAGCUAAAAGCAGUUGACAGUGAGUUUCUAUUCUAAAGAAAAUAGGAUGGUGCUAUAUGGAUACAUCUUAACACCUAAUUCAUCCCUGUUUCUACAAAAUGGGACUCUCCUGUUGAUUCUGUUUUCAGAGUUAUAGAUUUGGCAGAAAUGGGUUGAAAGAGGUGGAUAACUUUUGGUUGAAAGUCACCUCAUUCUGAUUUGUUGGUUUUUGUUUGCAAGCCAUAGAAUUAACCUGUGCUUGUAAGAAAUUGAAUGUAAGAAAAGAGCAGGCCCUCUUUGUAGAAUAGGUUUAGAAUGCUCGUGUAUAUGAGAGCUGCUCUGUUGAACAAUAAUGGAAAAGUGCCUCCUUUCCUCCAAA